AUGGCGGGGGGAGGGUUCGCCGGAGCGGCCACUGCCGUGGACUACGGCGGCGCGAAGAUGACGGCGUCGGUCAUCAUCACCUGCAUCAUGGCGGCCUCCGGCGGCCUCAUCUUCGGCUACGACAUUGGGAUAUCAGGUCCGCUGACCCCCCCUCUCUCUCUCUCUCUCUCUCUCUCUCUCUUUCUCUCACUGUGACACCGUUGGAUGCUUCUUUACGUCUCGGCAAUAAACUGACGCCGGCGGCGCCGCCGUGGACCAGGUGGGGUGACGACGAUGGGGCCCUUCCUCGAGAAGUUCUUUCCCAAGGUCCUCCGGCGGAUGGCUGCGGCGCGGCCUGACAGGUACUGCAUCUACAACAGCCAGUCCCUGACGGCGUUCACCUCCUCCCUAUACAUCGCCGGCCUGGUGGCGUCCCUCGUCGGCGGCCGUCUCACGGCGGCCGUCGGCCGGCGAGCUCUGAUGAUCUCCGGUGGCGCCUUGUUCCUUGGCGGCGCCGCCAUCAACGCCGGCGCCGCCAACUUCGAGAUGUUGAUCGCCGGCCGGAUUCUCCUCGGAUUCGGCGUCGGCUUCGCUAAUCAGGUGAGUGCCCAGAAAAGUAACUCCUCCCACAGAUAGAGAGUGUAGUGAAAAGUGAAUCCCGCAUCUUUUGAAAUUCUGACAAGGCACUAUACUAUAGUGAGAUGGAGGGAGAGAUAUAUAUAUAUAUAUUAUAAUAUUGUAUAAUAUAUAUAGAGAGAGGGAGAGAGAGAGAGAGAGAGAGAGGUGGAGAUGGGGAGAGAGAGGAGAGGGAGAGAGAGGGGAGAGAGAGAGGGGAGAGAGAGAGAGAGAGAGAGAGAGAGAGAGAGGAGAUUUCUACAGUUGGUCAAAUGAGUGUAAAAGGAAACAUGUUAACGCCGGUGUGGUGCACAGGCUACGCCGGUGUACUUGUCGGAGAUGGCGCCGGCGAGGUGGCGCGGGGCGUUCAACACCGGAUUCCAGCUGUGCCUGGGCGUCGGUGUGCUCGCUGCUAACCUCGUGAGCUACGCCGUCAUCCGGGUCAAUGGCCACUGGGGAUGGCGGCUGGCCCUCGGCCUCGCCGGAGCUCCCGCAGUGGUCUUCCUCGUGGGCGCCGCCAUCGUCUCCGACACUCCCAGCAGCCUCGCCGCCCGCGGCCGCAUCGACGCCGCACGCAGGGCCCUCCGCCACGUAAGAGGCCCCAACGCCGACGUGGACGCCGAGCUGGACGGCAUCCUCCGACACCUCAAGGUCUCGAGGCCGUCGGAGGACGGCGGUAGCAGCCCCUUCCGGCAACUGCUGCGGCGGCGCUACCGCCACCACCUCGUGAUGGCGGUGGCGAUACCCUUCUUCCAGCAGAUGACUGGGAUCAACGUGAUCGCCUUCUACGCUCCCGUGCUCUUCCAGGCCGUCGGAUUCGAGGGUAGCUCCGCAGUUCUUGGGUCGGUGAUCCUCGCCGCCAUCAACCUGGGGUCUACUCUCGUGUCAACUUUCAUCGUCGACCGUCACGGUCGGAGGGUGCUCUUCAUGCAGGGCGGCGUCCAGAUGUUCCUCUGCCAGGUAAUAGCAGCCUCUCUCCCUCCCUCUCUCUCUCUCUCUCUCUCUCUCUCUCUCUCUCUCCCCCUCGCUCUAGCUCAAAAGCCCCCCUGCCCAGAUUUCCGUCUAACCUAACGGCGCCGCCGUGGGCGUCCGUUGUUGAAGGUGGCGGUGACGUGCGUGCUGGGGGUGAUAGUGGGCAGCGACGGCGGUGCUCAGCUACCACGCGGCGGGGCACUGGCGGUGCUGGUGCUGAUGUGCGUGUACGCCGCCGGAUUCGGAUGGUCGUGGGGGCCGCUGAGCUGGCUGGUGCCGAGCGAGAUCUUCCCCGUGGAGAUCCGAUCGGCGGGGCAAGCGGUGUCCGUCGCCGUCAACCUCGCCGUCAGCUUCGCGCAAGCGCAGGCCUUCCUGGCGGCGCUGUGCUGGAUGAAGUACGGCGUCUUCGUCUUCUACGCCGGUUGGAUCGCCGUGAUGACGGCCUUCGUGGCGGCGUUCCUGCCGGAGACGAAGGGGGUGCCUCUGGAGGCCAUGGAGGGAAUGUGGGCGGCGCACUGGUACUGGAAGCGGUUCGCCGGGCCGGAAAGCUCGCCGACGGUGAAAUCCUCUGCAUAG